CCCGGCGCGGCGGGCCGAAGCACCAGUGUAGUUUUUCCAGUUGGCGAUUGACUCAGCUGUGUCGUACUCGCACCCGUCCUCGUACUCGUCAUGUCUGGCCGCGGAAAGCAGGGUGGCAAGGCUCGCGCCAAGGCCAAGUCUCGGUCCUCCCGGGCCGGUCUGCAGUUUCCCGUAGGCCGUGUGCACCGCCUGCUGCGCAAGGGCAACUACGCCGAGCGGGUCGGCGCCGGCGCCCCCGUUUACAUGGCGGCGGUGCUGGAGUACCUGACGGCCGAAAUCCUGGAGCUGGCUGGCAACGCCGCCAGGGACAACAAGAAGACUCGCAUCAUCCCCCGCCACCUCCAGUUGGCCAUCCGCAACGACGAGGAGCUCAACAAGCUGCUGGGCAAGGUGACCAUCGCCCAGGGCGGCGUGCUGCCCAACAUCCAGGCCGUCCUGUUGCCCAAGAAAACCGAGAGCCACCACAAGGCCAAGGGCAAGUAAGCCGACUCGGCUCCCGGGGCCGAAAGGCUCACUCCCGAAACCAACGGCUCUUUUCAGAGCCACCCACCCCGUCAGAGAAAAGGGGCUGUUGCCGAACUUCCAGUUGCGUUCCCGAUCCCGGUGGCGGCGUGACAUGCCGCGUACGUACCCUAACCCUAAAUGCGUCCCCCCAGUCCCGGCACGAACCGGAGCCAGCCCACUCGAUAAACCCGAGCGGAGGCGACAAGUCCCCGCUUCCCUUAGCGAAGUCGGGUCAGCACCCCGGUCUCGCUCUCGCCUCGCCCCGUUGGCUACUCUUUCCCCCCCUCCCCCCCGGCCCGAAAGCUGUUGGUGUCAACGUCCAGUGCCACUUUAUCCCGGAACGAAAGGCGACCAAGUUUUGUCCAGCGCCUCGACGUACUGUACUUGUCAGAAACGACCGGCGUGUCCGACUGCCGUCCGCGGGGCGAUGACCCCAGGGCGUCGGAAAUCACUAAAGUGCCCGUAUCCCAAACUUUCCCUGGGAUAACUCGGGAGCGAAGCUCCCAGCCAAUCCGCCGCUUAGGCGGGCUUUUCGUUCGCAGUCCUAAGCCCCAUACGCAAAGGAACCCUGAGAGGGGGGAACGGGGUGGUGGUGGUGGUGGUGACACCGUGGAGGGAGGAAGAGACGGGACUAAGGAUGGUGGUGGCGGAAGAGUUUCUGGCUGCCGGUAGUAGUAUCCCGCACCUUUAGGACUACUGUUGUAACGGGAGGGAGAAGGUGGAAAUAAAACCGAAGUUCCUGGUUCUCGUC